CAAAAUUACUGCCUGCAUUAGGUUUCUUUUCACCAGUUUGAACUUGAAAUUGUGCAAGAGUUAAAAUGAAGAAAAGUUCAAACAUAUCUGUGCAGCUUUUGUCCAGUCAAUACUCAGGCAGAGGCCCAUGCAAUAUUACACAGGUCCAUGCUGAAGUUCUUGCACGAUAUCCUGGGUUAGUGUCUCAAGUAGCCCCAGUAAUGAAAAUUUUACAGGCGUGUAUUCACAAUGGUCCUCCACAUCCUGAAGACCUUACCAAAUUGCUUGAUAAAUUCCAUGGUCAACUCAAGCCUUCAGUGACUUUAGAAGCUGCCCUUAAUGAAAGAACUGAAAACCAGCAAAACGAUCAGCUGGCCAUUGUUUUCAACAAAGAAGGAGGAAUGGACCUGCUGAUUACUCUGAUCCUUUCUUAUGUACCAUAUGAUUCCCUUUCCAAAGCAAAAUUUGGGAUGGAGAUCAUACAUAGGACAAGAAGAAAUGCGGACGCUAUGCGAAUUCAGAAGAUGUGCCUAGUGAUUUUGCGACAGUUGUCCAUCCUCGAUCCCGAUUGCAGUCUCGCUCUAUCUACCUGUGACCCCCUUUUAGCACAUUGCUUCCGCUUACUGAAAUCUACUACAUUGACGGAGACGGCAUGCGAUCUCAUUGAACACCUUCUCUUAUCUAGAAACGAAUUAGUCCAGUUGGACGGUUUCAAGAGACUCAGUGAUGUUUUACAGCAACUGGACGAUGAAACUUUGUCUCAGACAUACCGUGUCCUCUCCUUAGCCGUAUCUGACGUCGACGAAUGUGAAAAUAGGGCCUCUCUUUUGGCCCAGCGACGACAAAAGCUUAACACACGCAUAAACGAAAUGACGGUGUCCAGUUUAAAUCGAGACUUUGUUGUUGCCAUACCUGGUCUUUUGGGGAAAGUCCUUAAUUACGCUUGCAGUCUGCCUUUCGUUCCACGUUAUCCCCUUCCCAGCACCGAAAACGAACAAUGGAUGGCUUGGAUUGAUGAGAACCUAUCACACAACAGUCACAGUUUCGAUACUGUAGGUGGAUUCCUUCAAGCUGUAUUGGAGGACGUGUUUAGAGAUGAGCUUGAAAUGAGCUCUCAAGUAAAUAUGGAUACAGAAAGCUACGUGGCGGAUGCUUUGGAACUGCCGUCCCAAUUGACACGACGAGUUGAUGCUCUAUACUUGCUAAGUUUGCUUCUAACGGGCAGUCAGCGAGGCAAAGUGCAAGAAAUUUUGGCUAAAUUAGGCAUUGGUCCACUUCUGUCUGCGUUAUUUGAGCAAUUUCUUUGGAAGCCGUCAACAACUAGACAUACAACUGAUCACGCCAAUCAGUGCAAUUGCAGCCCAGAAAUGAUUCUUAAGAUCCAGUUACUUAGAUUGGUACACAACUUCUGUUCACAUAGCACUUACAAACAUGUGCUACUCUCGUAUGGCGAAAUGGAUGAGCUCAAACAGCUUUACGGCGAAUUUGAAAGUUCGAUGGUUCCCAGUUCCACGAGUAGUACCAGUUCUUCAUCAUCAUCAGCUUCCACUUCUUCCGGAAUAGGCGUUGCGUCCAGCAUGGCCAGUUUACCUUAUUGCACAGGAGGCUCGGGUCUACUGUCUAAAAUAAUCCGAGUUUUGAAAAACGUGCCCACCUCCUCGAUUUUCAGAUUUUGGCUUUGUCGGGCUGUUGAGAGCUGGUUGCGCAGCAGCAGUCAGUACGGGGUAGCUGAUCAGCUGUUUGUGAUUAACCGUGGUCUGUUGCAGCACAUUGUCCACGUUUUGCUGGAAAGCGAGUCCGCUGUUGAACCUUCCGUUGUUGUUGGUGGUGUGGCUGGAAUUGCCCGUAAUAACGGAUCUCUCGCUACGGGUCCACCACGUGAAGUGGCCCAGAGUAGCUUUGACCUUCUCGGAGAAAUGAUCCGGUUUAACAUGGAAGCUUGCCGACAGCUGGAUAUACUGUUACCAAACGAAGCUAAAGUGUCGAAAUAUCUGGAAGUUGUUCACGGCAAUCUAAUUGAUUCGAACAUGUUCUUGCGAUCCGUUUUCUUGACGAUGGAUCACUGCAUGGAGGGCGGCAGCGGCGGACGGUUUCAACAGGCUGCCGUUUUCUUCCCGACGUCCAAGUUCUUUUCUUGGUUCUUGCACUUACGCCGACGUGUAUGCUACCUAGCCCUACUAGUCUCAUCCAUUUCGGUCGAUACCCUGACGCUGGAGAACGUCAGCUGUCUCAACACGGCACUCAUUAUUCUAAUGCUGGCCGCCCGCCAGGGUACGCUGGCCAAUUGCCUGAAAAUGCUUGCCACAGCUACGAUCGAGCAGCUCCGACUAGGUCCGGCCGGGAGUGAAGUGGGUGCAAACAAGAAGCGUUGCUUGGAACCACGUCACAUCUUAUCGAGCUUGUUCCAGUUGUUGCGCUUUUGGCGCGUUCAUUACCAGCCGGGUGAUCAAUCUUGCAUCUCCCUGGAAAAAGGAUCGGGCAUCGCGUUCGAAGAGUGGAUCCGCACUAUUGACCUGUUGACCAACGUCGACACUACUUCGCCGUACUCGCUACUUCACUACUUGCCCGAGGAUCAGUCGCGCAUCGUUCAAACCUGGGACAUUGAGAUGGAAUGUAGUUAGACAACUUAGAUUCUUUAAACAAUAACGCAGUGUGUGAUGACGUGCCCACCCACCCCCUCGAUCCUCGUCAAUCUACACUGUGGCGCUUUGGCAGUGACACCUGGAAAGCGUUGUUACUUUCUCAUGUAUUUCGCCGUCGUGUGUCCGUUUGUAGGAAAUUCAACGUGUUAUGUACAUCUUCCCGUUUUGUGAAUAGCUGUUCUUUGGACCGUUUCUCCCUCUCUUGUAUGCGUAAAAUUUUUCGUCUCUUUUGGCCUCUACCUUUGUUUGUUUUCUGACGGAAAGAAACACAAAAAUACUGUGUCUCUAGGUUAUCUCCAUACGCGUUGAUUCUCUGUACACGACACUCAUUAUUACUAUUAUUAUUAUUAUGAUUUUCGCUGUUUUCUUAGGACCUGCUCGCUCGCGCACUUUACAAUAUCCCCCCCCCCCCUCCCCCACUUUAACGGUGUACAUAUUUUCAACUCAGGUUUCGCCUCUUUUCUCGCUCUCCUUUUCUUACAUCUAACUAAUCUAUGAUUGUUUGUUAUCAUUCUAACACAAUACAUUAUGGAAAUACAGAAAAGUGUCGUCUUGGGA